UUCGGUCGGGGCCCUUGGACGCCUAGUUUCUCCGGACGUCGGAGUUUUCACCGCCCCCGUGACGAGCGCGGAAGAUUCGUCGGGGGCAGCCGAUAUAGCGAAGAGGACGGUCGAUAGCGAACGCAGUGUAAAUGACUCGAAAGGCGGGAAGACGGUGGCGGACGAAUACGUGGUAAAUCGAGCGGGAUUUAUUUCGGAGAGAACUGUCGCUUCUGGUGAGAGGAAUCGAUCGGAGGUGGCAGAUGAGAUGCGAAGCACGAGGACUACGCUGCGCGGAGCUGGCGGGAGCGAAGAAGGCGGAAGCCAAAGUUAGGAAGCCAAAGGUGCCGAAGGCGCUCGCAGGGACUGCGGCAGGUCAAGGGGGCACCUGGCGGGGGCCGCCUGAGAUGACGACCCUGCGACGGGGUAUCGUGACACCCCGCUACAACGCCUACGUCCUGGUAUCGCUGAUAGGACUAUUGCUGCAGACACAGUCCGCGACGGGCGGUAUGUGCUGGUCUUCUAUCAGCAACGGUCGCUGCAAGGAAUUGUUGUCGCAACGAGUGACAAAGGAGAAUUGUUGCGCGUCGAACGCGGCGGCGGCGACCGCGUACUCCGAGGAAGACCUCAAUAGCGAGAAGCUGUUUUUUUGGGGCGUGCUCAAUGGAGGUGUUCAGUGCCGUCCUUGCAGAGAAAGCUGUGCAGAAGUGAGGUGUGAAGAAGGGAAGAAGUGUGUGGUGCGCAGGGGAAGGCCAAGGUGCGUGUGUAGCCCCGAGUGCAAGGCGCCAAGAGGCGGUGGUCCAGUUUGCGGGACGGACGGAAAGAGCUACAAGAAUCUGUGCAGGCUGAAGAAACGCGCGUGCAAGAAGGGAAGCCACGAGCUAGCGGUUGCCUAUAAGGGCCACUGCCAAAGUUCGUGCGCACGGGUCCGGUGCGGCCAAGGCCGGAGCUGCCUGUUGGACCAGAACCUGAGCCCGCACUGCGUGAAGUGCGCCCGCAGGUGCCCGCAGCCACCCCCGCAACAGCGAGCCGCCGCACGCCCCGUUUGCGGGGCCGACGGAAACACCUACAAGAGUGCCUGCCACCUGCGACUCGCCGCCUGCCGCGCAGGUCGCGCCAUUCCCGUCGCCUAUAAGGGCCACUGCAAACAGAACGCAGAUUGCACGACGAUUCGUUGCCGCGAGGGUCAGACGUGUCUGACGGAGAUGAAGUCGGGUCGACCACGUUGCGUGACCUGCACCUAUCGUUGCCCCAGGAAGCGCGAGCGCGUCCGGAACCGGACGCACCGCGAUCGGGAUCCAUCGGCGACCAUGUUGUGCGCCACCAACAAUAUCACCUAUCCCAGUUGGUGUCACAUCGUCAAGGACGCCUGCGUUACCGGCUUCGUCCUCGAGACGCGAUACGCCGGCCCCUGCAACGCCUACGACACCUCUCCAUUUUACAUCGAGGAGGACAACACCUCGAGCAACUAUGGCGUUGGCCUGGCGGACGAAGACGCGAGAUUCAAGGACGCAGAAUCGAAGUCCUUGUCGUACAACGGCCAGACGCAUCGUUCCCUGACAUUAUCGUAGCGCGCGAUCGAUCGCGAUCGAUCGAUCCACAUAGCUGCAAGAUAAGUCGUAGGAUCCCUCUCUGUCUCUCACUCUCUCUCUCUGUCUGUAUCUCGACUGUUUAGGGGAAUCCCACGGAGACGACGCGCGAAUUUCGAUGCCUGGCCAUCGAUGCGCGAUCCUCCAGGGAUCUUGAGGACGAGAAAAACGACGGCAAACCGGACACGUCGCGCUUCCUGAAGCCGGGAGGAUGCAUUUUGAACGCGUAUGGCCAUUAGUUCUCGUGAACGAGAGGCUCGCGCGAGAUAAGCUAGAUUAAGGGCAGAUCAGUAUUCUUUUCUCCGUUUUACGGAGCGAAAAGCGCGGAGGUACGGCGAAUUAACGACGAAUUAAUACUUUCGCAGUUGCGAAAGUGGGGUUAGGAGAAGCUGGAAGAAGUCACGAGUCAAGUACCAGGGGAAACUUGUAGGUUGGUUGACUUAUGCUGGAGGGCAGCUGUUAGCAAUAAACAAUCUUUUGGUAUUAUGUUAACACAUUGUUGACCGGCAAUUUUAUAUAGAAGCGACUUCGUGUCACCGGCUAUUAUUUCGUAAUUGACUGUGAAGUUGAAACAGUCUAAAUAAACUCCAAUAAACUUUAUUUAUAUUCCAUCGACAUAACGAUCUGAAAUGAAAAACCGACAGGUCUAAACGCAAUGAGCAAAGCUUCUGCAAUGUUUUAUAUCGCUUUGGAUUUCGUACAUUCAAAUAGAUAAUACAAGUGCAGACACGAGUUUACUCGUGACCGGUCAACAACGUGUUAAGUCAUCCCAUAAGUUCGUGCUGCAGACUGUGUCGAUAUUUAAUUAAAAAACUACAGAAAUUUUAUAGUGACGGUAUUAAUGACUAUGUCAUAAAGGUGGGAAAAUAUUGUAAAACGAGAGAGAUUACCUUUUUUUAUAACACUUAAGGGUAUGUUUUACAUACGAAUUCGAGUAGCAGAGGAAUAAGUGGCAUGAUCUUGCGGGACGACCUAAU